GAAGAAGUGGAAGGCAGAGGUGGUGCUGAGGCAGGAGAGCCCCGUGCUGGGGAAGAGGCUGAGCUGGGAGUGCCCAGCAGGGAGAAGGUGCUGUGUCCAUGCCCUGUGUGCCAGGAUUUGUCCUUCCCAAAGCUUGGGCAGAUGGAGGAGGAGGUUGCAAGGAAGAAGAAAUAUCCGCAGGCUCCCCAGGCAGGCCCCGAGCUGAGGACGGAGAGCACGGAGGACAAAUCCCCCCAGCAGAGCCUGGUGGGAGAGGCCGUUUUGAAGGGCUCCCUGGCACAGGAAGGCAGCAGGGAGGAAAAGGCCCGGAGAUGCCCCCGGAGGAGGGGCUGCAAAGCCAGCCCAGGGAGCUCUGAGGAGGAAAGACCCGUCCUGUGCCAGGAAGGCAGCCGGAGCUUGAACCGGAGCUCCGAGCAGGUGGUCCCUGAGCAGCCUCCCAGCAGGGAGAAGCCCUUCAGGUGCCUGGAAUGUGGGAAGAGCUUCAGGAAGAGCUCCCACCUCCUCAGCCACCAGCACAUCCACACUGGGGAACGGCCCUACACGUGUAGGGAAUGUGCAAAGAGGUUUCAGACCAGAUCGCAUCUUCUCACACAUGAGCAGACACACACAGGGAGAGGCCCUUCCGCUGCACCGACUGCGGGAAGGGCUUCAAAUGCAUCUCCCACCUCGUCACCCACCGGGCCAUCCACACCGGAGAGAGGCCCUACAAGUGUGGGGAGUGUGGGAAGAGCUUCACCCAGAGCUCCAGCCUGAUCCAACACCAGCUCAUCCACACUGGGGAACGGCCCUACAAGUGCUUGCAAUGUGGGAAGAGGUUUAGGGGCAGCACAGAUCUCCUCAGGCAUGAGCGGACACACACAGGGGAGAGGCCCUUCCGCUGCACCGACUGCGGGAAGGGCUUCAAACAGAACUCCACCCUCGUCACCCACCGGCGCAUCCACACUGGGGAGAGGCCCUACAAGUGUGGGGAGUGUGGGAAGAGCUUCAGCCGCAGCUCUACAUUGACCAGACACCAACGGACCCACCAGUAAGAGAAACCCUAGGAGUGCCCCGACUGCGGGAAGAGCUUCGGCUGCUGCUCCCACACGGAAUGACCCCCUGAUGGUGAGGCAACCCCUGGAGUCCAGUGACUGUCAGUCCAUCCCUUUCCACCAGAAAGGGCCAGUCCCCUUUCUCAGGGUCAGGUUGUGCCAACAGAACCCUUCUUGGAGGGUGUGUGGAGAU